ACCAAAGAAGCAGAAGAAGAAAAAGAAACAGUAACAGAAACAGAAGACGAGGAAGAAAAAGGGAAAACGGAUGUCAUUGUUGUUGUUAUCUUUAGAGAGUAAUUUGCUGGUUAUACAGAUCUGUCUUUGCCCCGUCCUGCUGUGUUUCCGUCCACUGCUGUAUCUUCAUUCAGGAGAGGAGGACUGACAAAUGGCCACGGCUCCUGCACCACCACCACCACCACCUCCUUCACUCUGUACAAACCUGCCCGAUAAAAGCAGGUGUCCACCGUGCCCUCAACAUGCUGCAAUACCAUUUAAAACCAGCCCUCCAGUCCAAGAGACAAGUCCUUCAUCCGGGACUCUACCAGAGGAUUCACCAGCCACACAACAGCUACCAGUGGAAAAUGGGCUCCAGGGUCCACCGUCAGAAGGAGAAGACAAUCCCUCUGAUAGUGCAGAUAAAAGCGGUCCAGUGCAGGAAACUGACCCAGCGCCACAGGCACUAAAUAGCCCACUGAUGACAGAGCAGCAAGAUGGAGCAGACACUCAGAUGGACCAGGCUGGAGAGGACCAAAUGCUCUGAAGCACUUUAGUUACUGAAAGGUCCAAUGUGUAGGAUUUAGUGGCAUGUAUCAGAUGCAGAUUAUAAGUCACUCGCUUCACCCUCAUUACAAGGGCAAUGGAGAAACUCUGGUGGCUGCGAAACACGCAAAAAACAGGAAAGGCCUUACCUAGAGCCAGUGUUUGGUUUGUUUGUUCUGGGCUACUGUAGAAAUAUGGCGGUUCGUCAUGGCGGACUCCGUAGAAGAGGACCCGCUCCCUCUGUAGAUAAAACAGCUCAUUCUAAGGUAAUGAAAACACAACAAACAGUUCUUAUAUUCAGGUGAUUAUACACUAAUGAAAACAUAACUAUGGAUAUUAUAUUCCGUUUCUGCCAAUAGAUCCUCCUAAAUGUUACACACUGGUCCUUUAAAAACAAAUAUUUAUUGGUACUUCAAAAUGCUGUUCCCAGCUGCACUGAAACACAUCGGAGUACAAUCAAGUGAGGACAUCGCUUUUUUUUCAGGCCAAAGAUGUUUGAUAUCAUUUCAGCUUUCAAUCAUCAUCAUUACUUGCAGCUGCAUUUAGAGCUUUGUUUUUUUUCAUACACACUCCUCCAGCCAAUUACUUUAAAGUACCUUUGAGAAACUCUGAAUCAAACUGAGAUUAAAAAUAGAUAUUUUAGUGACAUAGCUAUAAAAAAUGUAAAUUAACUUAUUGUAAAUAACCACAAAAUGAAUAUAAAGGCUAAGUAAAAGCACUUUGAGUAUAUAUAGUUGCCAUUAUUUAUUAUUAAUUAAAGACAUAGGUUUAUUUGUUUUAGUUUUUUUGUUUACUUAAAUGCACAUUUGGACUGAAUGUAGUUUUUGCCACUUUCCAUAAUAUCUCCAUGAAUUAAAGUCUGCUUUGAAAACCUA